CGGAAUGCCUCUCACUCUUUGGGUCCUUCGCUCAGGCGUUGAGGAACUCGCUUUCGGACCGGCCGGGUUUCUAGGGGGACAGUAAUUGUGGUCGGACGCUGUGGCGCGGCAGUUUAAUUCUCCGGCGGCGGCUGGUUGAGCGGGAAGAGAUGGUCCUGACGGGGCUCAUCAGGAAACUGGGUCAUCAGCUGGCCGAGAUCAGGGCGCGCGCUCUCAAGAAUAUUCUCUGCAAGAUUGAGCACAGUUUAAUCUGCUGUGCUGAUCUGGUUCAGGAGAGGCUCCUUUUUCUCCAUUUGCUGGAAUGGUUCAAUUUCCCGUCCGUUCCAAUGAAAGAAGAGGUUCUGAGUCUGUUGAACAGGUUGGUUAAGUAUCCCCCAGCAGUCCAGCAUUUGGUUGACCUUGGUGCAGUCGAAUUCUUAUCUAAACUUCGUUCUAAUGUGGAGCCGAAUCUACAGGCUGAAAUUGAUGGCAUUCUGGAUGGACUUUUUAUUCUUCCUUCAGAAGUUCCUGAACUACAUUCUGCAUCUUACCAAACCAAUCAAACUGAAUUGCCACAGCAACCUGAAAUCUUAACGGGAUAUUUUCCUCAAGACAAAAGUACUUUCCAGCAGAUGGAAGUGCCUCCGAGACCUGUGGCAGCAAAUCCGACCGCGAAGUGUUUGAAGUUUUCUACCUUCCCUUGGCUCCCCCUGACCACAGCUGAUAGGCAUGUUCUCUCCUCUAAUGAAAGCUCUUUAAGAAGUAGUAACCACACUUUAAUCUGGAACACCUGUGAACUGUUGAAAGACGUUAUCAUGCAAGAUUUUCCUGCUGAGAUUUUCCUUCAAAGGCCAAAAAUUGUUCAGAGCCUUUUAUCUCUGUUGAAACUGGCCUUUGGAGGAGAUGGAAAACAUCGCCUGGCAUUGCAGUCAGUGUCCUGCUUGCAGCAGCUGUGCACGUAUUUAAGAAACAGACUUAACUUUCACCGAGAUCCAAGUUUUUUCUCUAGUAAACAAGAUACAGUUUCCCAAAAUUCUUCUCUGUCUUAUUGUCAUGAAGCAAGAGUCACUCAUCAUUCCCAGAAUCCUUCUCCAGGAAGCAGCAGCCCUCGGCCUUCUGUGGUGGGACGCACAGGCCAGCGACCCAGAGGAGAUGGCCAGGAUUGGGACGCCGUGUCUUCCAGUGGAAGUAGUAGUCACGCUCAUGUCAACUCAAGGGUCUCCAUCCCUUCCCCUUUGGACAUGGUGCACCUGGACCUGCCAGAGCUGGAGGCUGAGGACACGCUAGAGCUGCAGUUCCAGCAGCUGAGCCUGCCCCAGCUCUGUGUCUCCAUCCUGGAGUGUGCCGUUCCUCUCUUAAGAACAGGUAGUAGACAGAUGAUAAUAAGAGUUCUGGAAUUGCUUGCAGAGGAUAUGGUACUUAUUGGUGAAGCAAUUUCAGCAGAUAUCUGGGAUGACAGCAGUCUUUUUGCUAUAGAUAUGAAGAAGAAACUGCUCAUGGUGUUGGGGUCCCUUGGAGACAGCAUAUGCUACCAUAAAAGCAACAUCAGUUUGGAACAACCAGAGGCGGUGCUGGUGCACCACAGGAUGGCCUUUGUCAGCAUUUCGCUGUUUGCAGUCCGACUGCUGCAGACACUUCUCCCUGUUGAAAAGGCAAGCCACUUUUUACCAGAGCCUAUGUCAGCAGCAUUAUUUCUAGUUUCUUUGGACAUGCCUCUUUCUUUGGAAUAUCCAAAUAUUCAUGAAGCUGUUGUGGCCUAUUUGGAACAGCUGAAUUCUGAAAACUACAGUAUUUAUAAACGAACUGCAGAGGCUGUUUAUUCACUUGAGUGUACCUGUAACUUCCUGUCUGAUGUUGGGAAGGAGGGAGAGAAGAAUCUCUUAGAAUUAGUGGAGCUGGCAGACCAAGCCUUACAUAGCUUUUCCUAUCAUCAGCAUUUCCCCCUAAUAAAGGAAAUCAUCUGUAUUUGUUCAAAGAUCUGGAAAUCUGCACAGGCCAGUCCAUUAUUACAAGGAGAAAGUCAGAAGGUGUUUCUACGUAUGUUGUCUCACCCUUUGCCACAAGUGAAAGUUAAAACUUACCACUGUUGUCUGGAAAUUGUUAAGGAAUGUUUAGGUGUCCAUAAUGUCAGUAAACCUGUGUCUUCCCUUUGUAAUGGAAUUCAUUUUCUGCUUCACCCAAAAGUUCUGUAUGAAAUCUCUGCGUUUGGUAUUCAAGAGCCCAAAAAUGAGGUGAAUGCCACUGCCAAGGCCAUCCUGAUGCAUCUGCUGCAGGGGCGACUGAGGAUGACAGCACUGACCUGGAACAAGUUUAUCGAGUCUCUGUGUCCUGUCAUCCCAGUGCUACAGGGCUAUGCUGACACAGAGGAUCCUUUGGGUAACUGCAUUCUCCUCCUAAGCAAAGCGAGUUCUGAGGCUGGUGAAGGGAUUCUCCCCUGUACCACCUGGUUAAAGUCCAUACUACGGCUCCUGCUGGUGAAAAAGCCAUCGGUCCGGAUGCUGGCAUUAAAGCUUUUAGCAAGUCACCUUACAAGGGAAGAGGGGGCGGAUACCAAGCGCCCUUCAAUCGAUGCCAGAGUUCUCUCCAGAGUUACUAAUUUAUUUAUUGUGAAAAAGCCUAUUGAACUCAAAUUGGAUGACAGAAGAGAACUGAUUAUUAAGUUGGAGACUGUUGAAAAGGUAUAUGACAUCUUUAUCUCAGACGAUAUUGAUCUUAUUUUGAGAAAGUCAGCUGCAGAACAGUUAGCUGUGAUUAUGCAAGAUAUUAAAAUGCAUGCUGUGGUGAAAAAAUUAUGCUUAACUGACAAGAUAAUUGAGUAUUUAAAUAAAUGUGUGAGUCAGGAUGGAGAGGUAAUAGAGUGUCUAGUACAGCCAAGCCUCACGCUCCUGAGGAAGGUUCUCUGUGCUGACCCAGUCCUACGUGUUUCCCUCUCCCAACAACCUUCUCUCUUGACCCUGCUGUUCAGAGUUUCCUUGAUAUUUCAUGAAGAUUGUACCGUCGUGACUGAAGUUGGAGCAUUAUUUUGUCUUCUGUUAUUUGAUGAAGUAUCAAGAAUGGAUAUGUGGUCUGAUAAUCUUUCCAAUAAACCUUCUUCACCAUCAGUCUUCAGUUUGCCUGUUUCAGUUUCUAGAAGGUAUCAUCUACCAGUACAUGUACUUGGCCACCAUGCUGUGAGUCCUUACUCCAUAGUUUUGCCGUUAUCUGCUGAUUGUUUGGCCUUGAAGCCGGUCUCAGAUAUGCUGAGAAUAGCUUGGAACCUAUCAUGGUAUCAUGGGAGUGAUAAUCUGUUGAAGCAAAUGAACUCUGAAACUAAAAUCCAAGAAUUUUUAGAUACAUUGAAGUUAUCCACUGAGGACACCCUUACUCUGAAGAUGACACACACAGCAAGUGGACUGAAGGACUGUCUCCGCUCCAUUGUUCAGGCUGCAGCCCACAGGGAAGUGAGGGCUGCUCUCACAAGGAUGAGUUUUUAUCUUCUGAAUGACAGAUUGUCUUUCAAGGGUGGCACUGGCCCAUGUGGGAUUACCUUGAAGUCCUUGUCUUGGCACACCACACUAAACAGAUUUUUACAAGUACUUCCUGCUUGCACCGAAGAUGAGAAACUGCUAAUAGAUGUCAUACAUUUUCUAAAUAAGUUAUUGAAGGAACAAAGAAAAAAUGUAUCCGUAGAACUUCUAAACUGGCUUCUCGAAUUACUUCUUAGACAUAGUCCAAACCCACUAUUGGAGCUGCUGCUUCUGACAGAGUCCCAGGCGCGAGAGGAAGCAGAUGACAUCCGCACCGCCGUCCGGCAGCAGCUCCAGAAAGAACUGGUCGCUCUCUUCAACACCCUGCUGCUCGGUUCCGUGGCACUUACCGACAGGAAAUGCUUGGAACUUUUUUACGUUUUCCAAACGCAGCUGGCUCUGAAGCUGCUCCAGUGUCUGAGAGUCACGGACGCUCCUCGCUUCUACGGCCUGCCGUCCCUCGAGAGGACCUUACGAGGGAUGGCCCACCUUACAGCAUUUCCGGGAUGGAGCUCACACUCUCCUUUCACAAAGCCACUAGAAAUUUGUGUGAAGUACUUGUCAGGUCUCCUCGAAGUCAUUACUUCUUUUUAUGUGGAGCGUGGAGGAAAUGCUAUGUCCUUCAUGGGAAAAGGUGUCACAAAGAGCACGGUUCUCUGCUUGCUUCACUUAUCCCAUGAGAUGAUGGCCCAGGCCCAGAGCUCGGAGUGGAUGUCACUUUGGUUCUUGCCUUUGGGUAGUCACAGUGAAGAACAUGCUACCACUCAACAGGGAUUGGCUUGGUUGAUUCCGUUGUGGGUUGACCGAGACCCAGAGGUGAGGUUCACUUCACUGGGAUUAGGAUCGGCACUGACUACCCUUGAAACUGGCUGUGUGGCCUUAGCAAACAGUUGUCAAAACAUUUCUGGUGGGCUCUGGGGAACCGUGGUGAACAUUCUUCUGGACCAGUCGGAGUGUAGCAUGGUACGCCGGGAGGCUGCAUUUAUUUUUCAAAAUCUCCUUGUAAUUCCAAUGCCUUCAGAAAUCAUAAAGGGUUAUACUUGGCAGGGCCCCUGUGUCCAUGAUGAGGACUCUGGCCUGUCGCUCAUAGGAAAACCUGCCCUUCAGGCUCUUUUGUACCACUGCCAUUUUUAUGAACAUUUGAAUCAGAUGGUAAAACAUUGUUACCUGGGACGGUAUACGUUUGAUUUGAAUUGUUCUGCUCUUAAUGGAACUUCUGAAGGCAAUGACUUAAAUGGUUUAGAUGACUCAUUCAAGUUUUGGAGGGCUCCAUCUCGGAUGUCCAGUCAAGAUCGAGAUCCAAGUUCUCUCUCCACUUUGGAAACAAUGGUGGCAGCUUCGUCGGCAAGUGCUGAAUUUCAGCCGGUAGUGCCCUGCACGGCGCCUCUCCCUGAAGCCUCACAUGACCAGUUUGUGACUCAAGGUCAGCAUGAAACUGCAUCUCCACGGCUUCCUCAUGAUUCAUCCCUUUCUGCUCCUCUGCCCAGACAGUGUGUUUUUGUCACUCCGCCUCUUCUUUCCGCGAUGUGCAGCCUCCUAGACAGCCUCUUGGCAACGACUCCAGGCGACACUGCAAAUGCUUUUCGACAAGCUCGUCUCAUAGAGCUUCUUUGUAGCAUCGCAGAUGCCACCCUCAUAGAGACAAGCGUCCAGGAGCUCCAGGCCCUGCUGCCCGCGUCACCUCCUGUUGAACACACUCAGGCUCAGGUAUCCUUUCUCCUAGAAUACCUGUCCUCUUUGUCCAGGCUUCUUCAGUCAUGUUUAUUGGUAGAUCCUGACCUUGUGAUUCAGGAUGAGCUUCUGAAACCUCUUACCAUAAACAUCAUCAGAGUUCUCACCAUAUGCACCAAAGAUAUAUCAGAUAUAGAGUUAAUAUCGGCUUUUUAUCAGACAUGGACACAUUUAUUUAACCUUCUGGCUACACUCCUGAGGAAAGCUGGCCCUGCCUCUUUCCCAUCUAUUACGAUGGGUCUGGCCAGGUACUGGCCGACGAUGGUCGAUAUGUUCUGCAAAUGUGUGGGUUUGUCUAGCACCUGCCGCACUCUGUGUACUGCCAGCCUGCAAUUCCUUUCUAUUCUCCUGACUGAAGAAGCAAAAAGGUAUCUCCAGGAUAAGGAUAAAACAAGUUUAUGCCACAGUCCAAUGAUGGCUUCACUUCUUGAUAAAACCCAGGAAAGUCAGAAAUCUCUAGAACAACUUAAUGAAGUAAUUCUUCAGUGUUAUGAAGUAAAAUCCUCCAGAGAUGUCCUGAAAAGAGUCGCUGUGAAUGCGCUGAUGUCGCUUCUGGCCGUCAGUAGAAGAGCACAGAAACACGCUCUGAAGGCCCAUCUAAUAGACAGUUGCGUGGAGCAGAUGAAGCACGUUCAUGCACAGCUGAACCUGGAAUCUCUGAGGCCUGGGAGGGCAGCACUGAAGAAAAAGGAAGAUGGUUUUAUUAAAGAGUUAAGCAUUGCCAUGCAGCUCCUAAGAAAUUGUCUUUAUCAAAAUGAAGAAUGUAAAGAGGCAGCCCUGGAAGCUCAUCUCGUCCCUGUCUUGCACUCUCUCUGGCCUUGGCUUCUGAUGGAUGAUUCACUGAUGCAAACUGCCCUGCAGCUGCUUUGUGUCUAUACUGCAAAUUUUCCAAAUGGUUGCAGUUCUCUCUGUUGGUCAAGUUACGGACAAUAUCCUGUUCAAACUGCACAUCGAGGGGCCCCUGGCAGCUCCCUGAUGCUGUGUAUCCUGAAGAUGGCUUCCCAGGUGCCUCUCGAGAACACUGCAGUCCAGCAGAUGGUUUUCAUGUUUCUUUCAAACCUGGCCUUGUCUCAUGACUGUAAAGGGGUAAUUCAAAAAAGUAACUUCUUACAGAACUUCCUGUCUCUAACAUUGCCAAAAGGAGGAAAUAAACAUCUCAGUAAUCUGACCAUUCUUUGGUUGAAGUUACUCCUGAACAUAUCGUUUGGAGAAGAUGGGCAGCAAAUGAUCCUGAGGCUCGAUGGCUGUUUAGACUUACUUACAGAGAUGAGCAAAUUCAAGCAUAAGAGCAGCCCUUAUCUACCUCUUCUUAUUUUUCAUAACAUUUGCUUCAGCCCUGCCAAUAAGCCCAAGAUCCUGGCUAAUGAAAAAGUCAUUAGUGUGCUAGCUUCCUGUCUGGAAAGUGAGAAUCAAAAUGCUCAGAGGAUUGGAGCAGCUGCGCUUUGGGCGUUGAUUCACAAUUACCAAAAGGCAAAAACAACUUUGAAAAAUCCAUCAAUAAAAAGAAGAGUGGAUGAAGCAUAUUCCACAGCAAAGAAAACUUUCUUAAACUCAGAAGAAACUCCUCUAAAUGCCUAUUAUUUGAAAUGUCUUGAAAACCUUGUGCAGCAACUUAACUCUUCAUGAGCGCUCUGAGAUGCUUUGCCCCAAAGCCAGCGGCCACCGGACAGUAAGGAGUCCAAGCGGUACAGAUGUUUUAGGAACAAGUACAGCCAGAUCCUGGUCAGUAUGAAACUCGCCGAGUGGAAGCCAGAGAAGCCUGUGCUGGAGGGAGGUCCACUCGCCCCUGUGCUCAUGUGCUCUGGCGUUGGUUGGCCGGUAUGUUUAUUGGGAAAAUGGAGAGAAUUGUUUAAGCUUAGCAAAUCCGUUCUCUGGUGGCCAAUAGAGAGAGGUUAUACUAUGAGCUUCUAAGAUGUCUUGAAACUUUGAACAUCCUCUUGUUUGUUUUUGUGGCUAAUCCUUGCCUGGCUCCCUGUAUUAGACACAAAGAAGGCCAGAGGAUAAAGGACACGGGUCCUUGUUGGACACUAUUCUCAACUUACCUUGUACCUUCUUCACAUUCUCUGGCUUGCUUAUCCGUGCCCUUUCUUCUCCUGCCUCUUUGAUUGAAUUCUCUAACUUUCCUCCACCCGUGUGCCUCCACCCACCUUUACGUUUCCAUUUCUGCCUGCUUUAAAAGGCUAAGAUCAAAUGUCACGUCUCCCGUGAAGCUGUGUCAGAUUCCCCAGCUGGCAGGAAAGUCUUUACUCUUUGAGUUUCCACACCAAUUUUAGUCGUGUUUUUUUUUUUCUUUUCACUUUUAUAUCACUUGCACUUUUCACCUUGUAUUAUACUCACUUGCAUAAAGUCAUUGUUCCCACUGUCUGCUUCAAAACAGGACUUCUGACUCAGCUUGUGACUCCAUGCCUCCCACAAUGCCUCACAAAGCAGGUGUUCAGUUUAUAUUUAUUUACAUGAAUGAAUGAAUGAGGGGAUGAAUAUGGAAAAUACUUUAUUAACAAAAGCUACAGAAUUUCAUAAUGUAAAUUAGGCUAAAAUUCUGUAGACUUUGUCAAAAUGCCACUACUAUAAGUAGUUUUUUAUGAGAAUAGAUUUUUGUUAGGUUCUAAAAAUAAAGAAUGAAACCAAAAAGCACUGCUUAAAAACACUUUAAAAUCCUUAGAAUAUUUUUUUAGUUUAGCAGAGUAGGAAUAAAACCGCAGUAUUUUAGAUGUGAUUUGAAAAUAUAACCAGCACUGACAUGGAACAAAGAUUCUAGCCUAAACUUGCAAGAUCCAUUGCUUACUAAGAACCUUAUUUGGGCUAUUCUUUUUGGGAGGCAGGAUGUAGCUUUUUGCAAAUAGAACCUUAAAUUCUGAAAGUUAUAUAAGCUGCAACCCCAGCAGUGUGGAACAAACAGAAGAAGCCAGUUUGCAUUACCCAUCCUGUGUAAAAAGCACAAAUCAACAGAUAACCUGUCAGCUUCCUUCCAGUUCCUGUUUCUUAGUGCCCACAUUUGGCAGCAGCAGGCACUGUGAGAACCUGACUAAAAUAAACGUGACACUGCUUUGCACAGAAAGAGAGGAGGGGCAGCAGUAAAGGCCGAAAGGAAGCUUUUAAUACUUUGACUUAAAAUUGGGGAAAAUGCUUAAUCUCUUGGUACCAUUGCAAUAGGGAAAGAAGUCUGUGAUUGCAUCACUUUACAUUUUUCAUGCAUAUUUCCUAUCCACAGCUGAUAAUACACAGUUCAUUUGCAAGGUGAGGAUAAUACUACAGCUCCUGCACAGUGAUUUUGAGUUUUGACCCAAACGGGGAAGCUUUAAGCGUACAGAGUCUGAUUCAAAACUGGUAGAUCCGGGCUUCGCUGAUGGCGCAGUGGUUGAGAGUCCGCCUGCCGAUGCAGGGGACACGGGUUCAUGCCCCAGUCCGGGAAGAUCCCACAUGCCGCGGAGCGGCUGGGCCCGUGAGCCACGGCUGCUGAGCCUGCGCGUCCAGAGCCUGUGCUCCACAACGGGAGAGCCCACAACAGUGAGAGGCCCGCGUAAAAAAAGAAAAACUGGUAGAUCCAAUGUAUAUGGCACUUGCUCUGUCUGAUUUAAAGAUUUGAAGUUGUCAAGGAGACGGGGGCUGGUACUAACAAUGAUGCUGAACCAUCAGGACUGCUGGUCCCUCCUCCCAAAUUCACUCCCAGGAUGGAGAGAGAGAACGGUGAGCAAACCCUGGUGUCAUGGGGCAGCUGUUGGAGCUGCUGUGUGUAGGGGGAGGCCGUGUCUUUGGUCAUGGGCAGCAGACAGCCCCACAGGGCUGUGUGAGGGAAAGCACACACGGUGGGUCUGUUCUCGCUCCCACCAGCCAUUGCCUUGAGGGAACCAGUGCCUGCCCCUCCGUUCACAUCUCUGGGCCUAGGGUGCGCAUGAGCAAACUCAAGGCCACAACACAGAACCCCUGCAGUGGUGAGGGGCUGAGAAAACGGGUGGAGCUCACUGAUCUCCAUCAGGCCCUGCUGUGCCCUGCCGCUUCAGAGCCCCAGGCCUGGGCACUGUAGUGGAAAAGUGUCUCUUCCUAACGCUGCUUCUCACCAAGCAGGGGGUGAUUUUUGGAGUGUGGAAGUGACUGAUCGAUGGGUGCCCUGGACCCGCACUCUCCACCCCUUGAGCUGACGUGGCCCCUACAGACGAGCGCACCGCCUUUCACGGUACUUGUCUGACAUUCCCACAGGAAGUGAGCUCACUGGUCAAAAUAACAAGACAUUAGAGGAAUACGACCGCUUCAAAAGGAAAAUCACAUGCUGGAAAUACAUUUUCCAAAGAAGCAGAAAUGUUAAAACAGAUGAAGCAGGAAUUUUAAAUUAGCCAAAUUUAAAGAGAUAAGGAAAGAAAUUAAAACUGUAAGACCCAAAUGAGAAAACAUUUAAAAUGUACAAAAAAGUAUGUACAACAAAUAUAAAGGUUGAAAGAAAGACAACAAUAGGUAGGACAAGUAGAAUGGAUCCAGCUGAGUUAUGAAUUAAUGACUCAGAAAACACGAUUGAGGAAAUCUUUGAGAAGGAAGAAAACAACAGUAAGUAGGAAAUACAAAAUAAAAAUAUAAAAACUAGGAGAAUAGAAGUGCUCACAUCUGGAUGGCAGAAGUCUCAGAAAUGGAAAAGAAUAAAAGGAAAAUAAGUACUUGAAGAAAUGUGGCGGUAAAUUUCCUAAUACUAAAAAGAGAAGAUAAAGUUUAUACUUAAACAGCUCAUAGAAAGCUGAAGAAGAGAGGGAAGAAAAAAUAUAUAUACACUCAUUGCAAAAAUCUAAGAAUAUCAAAGACAAAAACGCCCCAAACAACCCAAUAAAAAUGAUAAUAACCCCAAUCUGGAAACAACCUAAAUGCCCAUCAACAAGAGAAGCUAAAAACUA